CCGGGAGCUGUAGAGCUGUGUCUUAGCAGUAGUUGCAGAGCUCCAUCCUAACGGCGAGCCCUCCGCAAUAUUGACACCCUUCUGCAGCAAACAAAAAAAGCGAACUUUACAGCUGUCCACAAGCGCACCAUUCCCCGCAGCAUAUGUUAAGCGAUCAAACAUCUGAGUUUUUCUUGUAAUUGAUCGUGGGAUAUCUACCAAAAGAAACAAGAGUCCCCUAAAAAGAGCAAGAGCAACAAUGAGGGAAAUUCUACACAUCCAGGCUGGACAAUGCGGGAACCAGAUCGGAGCCAAGUUUUGGGAGGUGAUCAGCGACGAACAUGGAAUUGAUCCUUCGGGAAGUGCCCGUGGUGAAAGUGGUAUACAGCUGGAUAGGAUCAACGUCUAUUACAAUGAAGCAGCCGGUGACAAGUAUGUUCCUCGUGCGAUUCUGGUGGAUUUGGAGCCUGGGACUAUGGACUCUGUCAGAUCUGGACCAUUUGGACAAAUAUUUAGACCAGAUAACUUUGUAUUUGGUCAAAGUGGUGCUGGAAAUAAUUGGGCCAAAGGCCACUACACUGAGGGAGCUGAACUGGUGGAUGCAGUGCUUGAUGCGGUGAGGAAGGAGUCUGAAAGCUGUGACUGUUUACAGGGAUUCCAGCUCACUCACUCUCUGGGUGGUGGUACUGGCUCUGGGAUGGGCACCCUCCUCAUCAGUAAGAUCCGGGAAGAAUACCCUGACCGUAUCAUGAACACAUUCAGUGUGAUGCCCUCACCUAAAGUUUCGGACACUGUGGUGGAGCCAUACAAUGCUACCCUGUCUGUCCAUCAGCUGGUGGAGAACACAGAUGAGACAUACUGCAUUGACAAUGAAGCCCUUUAUGAUAUCUGCUUUCGUACCAUGAAGCUGACCACUCCCACAUAUGGAGACCUUAAUCACUUGGUCUCUGCAACCAUGAGCGGAGUAACCACAUGCCUUCGCUUUCCUGGACAACUCAAUGCUGACCUUCGCAAGCUGGCAGUGAACAUGGUGCCCUUCCCUCGGCUCCACUUCUUCAUGCCUGGCUUUGCCCCACUAACCAGCCGUGGCAGCCAGAAUUACAGAGCACUCACUGUGCCAGAGCUAACCCAGCAAAUGUUUGAUGCUAAAAAUAUGAUGGCAGCUUGUGACCCACGGCAUGGACGCUACUUGACCGUUGCUGCCAUAUUCCGAGGCCGGAUGUCCAUGAAAGAAGUAGAUGAGCAGAUGCUGAAUGUCCAGAACAAGAACAGCAGUUACUUUGUGGAGUGGAUUCCCAAUAAUGUUAAGACAGCUGUCUGUGACAUUCCUCCCCGGGGCCUCAAAAUGUCCUCUACCUUCAUCGGCAACAGCACUGCCAUUCAGGAGUUGUUCAAGCGAAUCUCUGACCAGUUCACUGCCAUGUUCCGUAGGAAGGCCUUCUUGCACUGGUACACUGGAGAGGGGAUGGAUGAGAUGGAGUUCACUGAAGCUGAGAGCAACAUGAAUGACCUGGUAUCAGAGUACCAACAGUACCAGGAUGCCACUGCAGAUGAACAGGAAGAGUUCGAAGAAGAAGAGGGAGAUAAUGAUGAAGCAUAGGUAUGGUGGGAUCAUCAAGAAGCCUCUCUGUUGGAGAGAAAGUUGUUUUGAGUCAACUAUUGAAUUCUGCUGAUUCUUCCAGCCAUUUAAUUAAGAAGACAUUGUGAUGCUCAUGGAAAUGGAAUUCCUUUUGAAGGUUUGUGUGUGUGGUUUAAUAUGAUCUGUAGUUUUAAAACAAUAGUGCCCACAGUAGGCUAUGUUCUGAAAUUCAACUUUAUGAACUGGCCUGAAAAGUCUUAUCCUGCAGCUGCUGAACCUGUCUGAGUAGCUUGUUUCAGUUUGUUAGAUUGGUAAUUUGUGUGCUUCUAAAUAAAGAUACCUUGUCAGUUCUGGUGUUGACAUACAGCCUUUUAAACUCCUUUACUGAUUGUUUUACAGGCUUUCAGGCAGUAAAACAAUCUCUAAAAUGGGAAGCAGAUUGGCAACUGCAACAAGGAGGGCAGGAUGAGAUUUGCCCUUCAUUCUUUAAAGUACUAGUAUGAUCCCUUUUGACUUGCAGACUAUUUUGUUUAUUUUCUCUCUUCAGCUGAGAAAGUAAGAAUACUUCUUAAAACUAUUAAAUGUAACAAUCGGGCACUAUAGCUUUAGAUGUAGUCAGUUGUUUUAAAAAGGAAAUGUAAUUAAUAACGAAACCUUCCCUAGAAGAGUAGCAUAAAGCACUGUUCAGUAAUAAGUGUUGAGAUCUGAUAGUGUUACGUUGAUUUGAGAUGCAGAGGUAGACCUUGGAACAGUGGUUUUCAACUCCAUGAACUGCCAAAGAGCCCUCAACAGGUUCAUACAGCUCUUUCUGGAUCGGUGAUUGUUCUCUAUAUUGCAUGCAUAUCUAAGUUUGUCUUUCUGCGAUGUUUGUACUGUGAAAAUCAAAUCAUUCAAAUAAAUCAAUACAACUUC